AUGCUCCGCGCCCCGGCCGCCGCCGUGGCCCCGUUGCUGCUGCUGCUGGCGCUGCUGCUGGCGGCCCCGCUGGCCGGCCGCUCGGACAGCCCCAAGGGGAAGCAGAAGGCGCUUCGGCAGCGGGAGGUGCUGGACAUGUACAAUGGCGUGUGCUUGCAAGGCCCCAGUGGUGUUCCUGGACGGGAUGGAAACCCAGGAGCCAACGGGAUCCCUGGGACGCCUGGGAUCCCAGGACGGGACGGGCUGAAGGGAGAGAAGGGCGAGUGCAUGCGCGAGAGCAUCGAGGAGGCCUGGACACCCAACUUCAAGCAGUGUUCAUGGAGUGCACUUAACUAUGGCAUUGAUCUUGGGAAAAUAGCGGAAUGCACCUUCACCAAGAUGCGCUCCAGCAGCGCUCUCCGUGUUCUCUUCAGCGGAUCGCUGCGGCUCAAGUGCAGGAGUGCCUGCUGCCAGCGCUGGUACUUCACUUUCAAUGGAGCAGAGUGUGCUGGGCCACUGCCCAUUGAAGCCAUCAUCUAUUUAGAUCAAGGAAGCCCAGAGCUGAAUUCUACUAUCAACAUACACCGAACGUCUUCAGUGGAAGGUCUGUGUGAAGGCAUCAGUGCUGGCUUGGUGGACAUUGCCAUCUGGGUUGGGACUUGCUCUGAUUAUCCAAGGGGAGAUGCUUCUACUGGAUGGAAUUCAGUCUCCCGAAUCAUCAUUGAAGAAUUGCCAAAAUAA